AUGAAGUCGUCCAUCAUUACUACAUUUGCCUCGACAUCGCUCUUUGCCGUCUCCGGAGUCCAGGCAUGGGGUGUACUGGGUCAUCAAACCGUUGCAUUGGUUGCGCAAAGCUUUCUCCUCCCAACGACAAUAAAAAAAGUGCAGUCGGUGCUCAACGACACAUCGUCGUCGUACAUGGGAAACGUCGCCACCUGGGCAGAUCAGUUCAGGUCGCAACCCGGUCAAGGAUGGUCAGCUGGUUUGCAUUACAUUGAUCCUCUGGAUGGACCACCACCAGAGAGCUGUGUCAUUCAUGAAAUGGAUUGCCCCGCCGGUGGAUGCGUGCUCAGCGCGUUGGCAAACUAUACGGCUCGUGUACAAGAUACCAAGCUCGAUGUGGCAGAUAGAGCUCAAGCGAUGAAGUUUAUCAUUCACUUUAUGGGUGACAUUGCGCAACCACUUCAUACAGAGGAAUGGGGUCAAGGAGUGAACAAUCUCACCGUCUUCUUCAAGGGCUACAAGACGAAUAUGCACGCAGCAUGGGAUACGUCCAUCCCGAACUCGAUGCUUUCACUGGCGCCAACCGCAAACAUCACCAUGGACAACUCAUUUUCGUUGGCAGACCAACUUCAUACCGCUAUCAAGUCGGGUGAAUACAAGCAGAAUGUGACGAGCUGGGUCCACCCAUGGCAUAUCAAGGCUCGAAACCCAUACUCUGCCGAGAAUACGACCGAGGCGAUUGCGACCACUUUUGCGCAAGAGUCGAACAACUAUGUUUGUGGCUACGCACUCAGCUCGCCAGACGGACCCAACUCGUAUAAUGGCACGGAGAUUGGUGGGCAGUACACGAAUGGUGCUGUACCGAUUAUCCGUAUCAGUCUUGCGAGAGCAGGAGUCAGACUAGCGGCAUGGCUCAAUCUGAUCUACACAGGCAAGACCGGAUUCUAG